AGAGUCGUUAUGUGCCUUCCUCUGGAAUGUCUGCCAAGGAACUGUGUGAAAACGAUGACCUAGCGACUAGUUUGGUUCUUGAUCCUUACUUAGGUUUUCAGACACACAAAAUGAAUACUAGGUAACUUGUCUUUACUUUUCUAGAAAAGAAUUCGUCCUCUGAUUACAUCAAUUAAGAUGAUAACUGUGGAAUUUCCUGCAUGUUUACAGAAGUCUGAAACAAUGGCAGUUGGUGGAUUCUGCCUUUAGAAUGACACUGCGUGUGAGACUGGAACUUAAAGCUCUGUAGCCGUAUGGUUUUGUAAUGCUAUCACAGGUCUUCCUAUUGGCUCUACAGCAGAAGCUGUUGCUAAAGAUAUGUCUUAAUAGAUGCUUUUCUAGCUUAAACAGUUAACUCAUUCUCAGUUUUAAGCCUUUAGCCAUUUGAAAUAGUAUUUCAAAGACAGAAGUUGGUGUUUGGGGAGUGUGGUGUAUUUCCUGUUUAUUUUAUGGCCAGGGAUUUUUUUUUCUUUUCAACUUUUAUAAUAUCUUGAGAUUACUUCCUGAGUUCCAAUAUUAGUGCAACUUGAUACCAAGAUCUUGCAGAUCCAUGCUGAAGAAAUGCUACUCAAUUAUGUCUGUGUAUAUGUAAGAUAAACUGGUGUGCACAUUUGGAACCUUCCUACUAGAUUUCCACAUACUGUUAUGCACCUGCCUGAAUACUUGGCUUAAAUUCAGGGUGGGCUUGUGGUUUAGUUGUUGCGUGCCUCUUGUCUAAGUGUAUUCUGUUAAAAGAUCUGUGUUGCUGGCUUACUGGGGAGGCUGUGCACGAAUGCUAAGUUUCUAAGGACAAGGAACUAUGUGUUUGUUAUUGUAUGAACAAAUGGAGGAUCUUGGUCUGAGCUGGGGUUUCUAGGCCAGGUCAUGAGAAGCAGGCUUCUCAACCCUUGCAACUCAUUGCUGUGGGUAUUUUAGAAGAACAGUUUACCUGUAUAGCGUGGGCAAAUCACCAGACUAUCAGUUCAGUAUAGUGUGUGAGUGUGUGUGUGUCUGUGUGACAAGCUGAUGAGUGGCAGAGUCUUAGGGUGAGUUGCACCUGAAGUUGUAGCAGGGUGUUCCUAAUAACUGUAAAGACUUAUUCCAGGGAGAUCUCUUAUUUUCUAUGGAGUAUCCCAGCAUUCUUUCUGUUCUUUCUGUGCUGUUGAUUACAGUAGCAUGUUGUGCCCAAAACAGUGUCUAGGUAGAUAUUCAGUUGUAUCUGUAUUUCCAGAGGUCAAUUGAGAUAGACAUAUGAUCAAAAGCCCUUCUUGUUGUUGCAUGAGUGGUAGUGUAUAGCUAUUCUGAAACAGCUAAUUCUAUUGCUUUUUGCUAAGGAAAUUAUGUAUCUGUCAGUGGCUGGAGAAGUUGCUUUUGUAAAUGAUAUGUUCUCAAGGUGUGAAAUACUUAUUGAAUUACUGAUUUGCAACAGAAGACUAUGCAAAGGCUAUCAUCAUGUGUUUCUUCCUUUCUUAGGCUUGGAGUGCAGUUACAGGCAGCCUUCAAGGACAAUAGUUAAUAAUCUUGGAGCACUAUGGGAAAUAUUUAGAUUUCGACCUAUAAAAGGAAGGCAAGAAGAACUAAAAGAGGUGAUUGAACGUUUUAAGAAAGAUGAGCACUUAGAAAAAGCCUUCAAGUCCUUGACGUCAGGUGACUGGGCCCGGCACUAUUUUCUUAACAAGAACAAAAUGCAGGAAAGGUUGUUCAAAGAACAUGUAUUUAUUUAUUUACGAAUGUUUGCAACUGACAGUGGGUUUGAGAUACUGCCUUGUAAUCGGUAUUCUUCUGAGCAGAAUGGAGCCAAAAUAGUUGCAACGAAAGAAUGGAAACGGAAUGAUAAAAUAGAACUACUUGUUGGCUGUAUUGCUGAACUAUCAGAAAUGGAAGAAAACAUGCUGCUGAGACAUGGGGAAAAUGACUUCAGUGUAAUGUAUUCCACAAGGAAAAACUGUGCACAACUGUGGCUUGGUCCUGCUGCGUUUAUCAAUCAUGAUUGCAGACCUAACUGUAAGUUUGUGUCAACUGGCAGAGAUACAGCAUGCGUGAAAGCUCUGAGAGAUAUUGAACCUGGAGAAGAAAUCUCUUGUUACUAUGGAGAUGGCUUUUUUGGAGAAAAUAACGAAUACUGCGAAUGUUACACCUGUGAAAGACGUGGAACUGGUGCUUUUAAAUCAAGAGUGGGAUUGCCAGCCCCUACUCCUGUGAUUAAUAGUAAAUAUGGACUGAGAGAAACAGAUAAACGAUUGAACAGGCUCAAAAAGCUGGGCGACAGCAGCAAAAACUCAGACAGCCAGUCCGUCAGCUCUAACACUGAUGCAGAUACCACUCAGGAAAAAGCUAAUGCAACUAACAGAAAAUCUUCAAUUGGUGUGAAAAAGAAUGGCAAAAAUAGAACAUUAACAAGACAGUCUAUAUCAAGAAUUCCAGCAUCAUCAAACUCUACCUCAUCUAAACUAACUCAUAUAAAUAAUUCCAGGGUACCAAAGAGACUGAAAAAGCCUGCAAAGCCUUUACUUUCAAAGAUUAAGCAGAGAAAUCAGUGCAAAAGGCCAGAGCAAAAGAAUGCUUCUAAAAAGCUCGAAAUGGGAAAUUUAGUUCUCAAAGAGCCUAAAGUAGUUUUGUACAAAAGCUUGCCCAUUAAAAAGGAUAAAGAAUUAGAGGGACCAGUCAAAGUUGCAGUCUCUAGUGGAUGCUUAACAAGGCACGCAGCAAGAGAGUAUAAACUGAAUUCUGUGAAAGGUGCUCAUGAGCAUGGUGACAUACCACCUUGCACAUACAUAACACGGAGGUCAAUGAGAACACGGAUGAGUUUGAAGGAGACCUCUGACAUAAAGCUUGAACCAAAUACAUUGGAUAGCUAUAAGAAUAACUUGACGAGAACACGAUCGGACGUUUUAGAGCAGCAGCCUCACGCAACAGAUGAAAACAACCUGGCUCAUGGAACGUCACAUAAAGGGGAGGCCAGGUGUCAAAAAAAUGACGCAGGCACGUCAAAAAAGAAGUCUCGACAAGGAAAGCUAGUGAAACCACCUGCAAAAUUAGAUGAAACAGAUAAUACGCACAACACACCUGUAAAAGAUGAAGUACCAGACUUGAUCAGUUCUCACUCAGAAAAUGGAGAGAGGAAUAAUGUGGUAGAUAUACCUGUUAGCUAUCAAGACUGUAUCUCUGGAUCUGGUAGCUGUUCUGUUGUAACCUCUGACAGUUUCAAAACAAAGGACAGCUUCAGAACUGCAAAAACUAAAAAGAAAAGACGAAUCACGAGGUAUGAUGCACAACUAAUCCUUGAAAAUAGCUCUGGGAUCCCUAAACUGACUCUUCGUAGGCGUCAUGAUAGCAGUAGCAAGGCGAAUGACCAAGAAUCUGAUGGAAUGAAUUCUUCAAAAAUAAGCAUCAAAUUAAGUAAAGACCAUGAAAAGGAUAAUAAUUUAUAUGUAGCAAAGCUAAAUAAUGGGUUUAACUCAGGAUCAGGCAAUAGUUCAACAAAACUAAAAAUACAGUUAAAACGAGAGGAAGAAAAUAGAGGGACGUACCCUGAGGACCUUCAUGAAAAUGGUGUGUGUUGUAGUGAAACUCUCUCCCUUUUGGAGUCGAGAAUGGAAGUAGAUGAUUAUGCUCAGUAUGAGGAGGAAACAGCAGAUGAAUCUUCAUCAGAAGAGGAUGAUGAAGAGGAAGAUGAAUAUGAUGAUGAAUUUGAUGACUUUAUUCCUCUUCCUCCAGCAAAGAGACUAAGGCUUAUUGUUGGCAAGGAUUCAAUAGAUAUUGAUAUUUCUUCCAGGAGGAGGGAAGAUCAGUCUUUAAGGCUCAAUGCAUAAGCUUAUAGGUCUUAAACUGACCUGGAUGUCAUUUUUAAAAAACAAAAAUUAAAAAAAAAAAAAACACCACCAACAAAUUCCAUUUGAUUAUUCCUCAGCUGAAGAACUUUCUGAAAAAACUUAGUGGCAGCACUUCUUUAUUGUUUGUUCACCUAUCAACAUAAUAUUGUAGAAAGUGUACAGCAUACUGACUCUUCUUAAGUCUGAUUUGUGCAGAUUUUUAUUGUACUUUUUAAUAGCCUUCUUAUGUGCAAUUCUGAGGUAGAGGUAAUGCUCUGUUGUAAAAUAAAGGCUCAAGCAAAGUUAUGAAGUCGCAUCAAAUCUUUCCAUGCAGGACAAUGAGAAUACAGUGUGGCUAAACAAUUAUUUUUGGUCUGUAAGAGCAAACUAACGCUCUUACAGUAUUUGACUAAACAAUUAAAUAAAAAAAAAAUCAUAGUAGCAGCAUAUUUAAGGUUUUCUAGUCUAUGUUAAUAUCACCAGCAAUGAACUACAGCUUUUCGAUUUAUUUGCUAGAUGUUUUUUUUUCCCCUCGGAGUUUGUCAGUUUUAACACUGUAUGCUGUCCCAGACGUACUGUUUGUGGCCUUUGUUAUAGUAGCAAACCGUUGGUUGGAAGUCAAAUUGAUUUCUUUAAAAAAAAAAAAAAAAAUUAAAAAAAUUAAAAGGUGUUGACAAUUUGCUGACUUUUUAGUACAUUAUAUGUACAAGGGUAGCAGUAUGCAGAAUAAAAGUUUGGAUAUGGUGUAUUUAUUGCUUGUUAUGUAAAUUAAACACCUUGUAUUUAACACUUUUCAAUACUUUUAGAUAAAAUUGUUCUUUGCAAGAAUGAUUGGUGCUUAUUUUUUCAAGAAUUUGCUGUGAAAUAAUGUGACUACAACGGGCAACAUUUAUCCAAUGAACUGCAGCUAUCCCGAAUUGGUUCUUCAUAUUUUUCUGUUGCACUUGUAAAAUGCUACAAGGAAUUUAAAGAAAAUCUAUUCACUUUAACUUAUGAUAGUUUUAUGAAAUUAAAAACAACUAAGUCACAGCUUUUGUUCUGUGGUAACCUAUAAAAUGUUUGUCUUUUAAGAACCAGUUGUAAAAGACUGAAAAAAAUAUGUAUAUGUUGUAAAUAUUUGUGUGUUGUGCGAAAUUUUGUCAUAAGAAAUUGAGAUAACUUGCCAGAAGGGUUUUUAAGUUUAGAAAUACAUCCAUGCCAAUAAAAUAGGAAAUUGUAAACCUAGUUUUAAACUCUGCAUUAGUUGGAGUUCUUUGCUCAUACGUAGUUCACUUGAUACUUCAGAAUCUGCUUUAUAACAAUGAAGAGCAUCAGGGCAACGUCUGACUUCUUUUUUCUUUCUUUUAAUUCCAAGAACGUAAGGAGAACUUACUGCUUCUGGGCAGAAUUAAUGUGUGUGUAUGUAUAAAGCAGCUAAUUUAUAUGUCAUUUCUUUGAAACAGGGCUAAAAUUUUUGCAUUUUGUAGUUGUCAUAACUACGGCAGUUUGCUUUGUGUGGUCUUUGUUUCUAUUCAGCCAUGGUUUAAGACUCAGAAUUCUUGCAUCAAAGGAUGUAGAAACAGGCAUCUCAUCAAAAAGCACCUUGUUGUAUCACUUUAAUCCGUUGCAAUUUGCAUACUGUUGUCAUGUUAGGUCCAGUGCUCUGUGCCCAGAAGAGGAAGGACUUAAGUUCCAUGAUAGUUGUCUUAUCCAGGUUUGAAAGCAUUGAACAUCCAGUUCAAUGCCAGUGGUAACGUGUGGGUAGUUUGCAUGAGUUGAUCCUAAUGAUCUGACCAUCCCUGACUUCUGUAGAAAAGAAUUAUUUUUCUUUUCUUUCAAGUGAAUCCUUCCAAAUGCAUUUCACUGAUUGGUCAGACUGCAAAUCAUAUGGUGGAAUCCGUUUCAUCUCGUUUACCUUAUGUAUUUCUUAGCAUAGAAUUAAGCGUAGAAUUAAACAUAAUACUUGCAACUUCAUUUUUAAAAUGUCCAUUCUUUGUUAAAGGCAGUUUGUCUCUCAUGUACAGAGUAUGUUUUUGAAAAAGCCUAUGUGUAAUGCACAAUCUUUUUUCUACCAAACAUGGGUUUUUAGGUCACAGAACACUGAAUGCAAAAAGACUUUGGUAAGUAUGCUGACAUUUUUGAGCCCUGAGCCAGGUAUGGUGGAUUGUCUUAAUAGAACUUGUAGUUUUAUCUAAGUAGCUCUUUAGGCAUCAGGAAACUUGGAUCGAUUUGUUCCGUGAACAAGCUGCUUGUAUUGGAGAACUUAGAAUGAUGUUUAGUCAUUUACAGGUAGAUGAGCCCAGAGAUGGGUUUAGCUGAAGAUUUUUGGUGUUAGAAAUGUCUUGAAAGUAAGAAGAUGCGUUCCCCCCCAGGUGAUCUGGGUAGGUGGGACUUGUAUAACCUCAGUCUUUUCUGUCCUCCUCUUGCCAUGAAAACAAAAACUAUUUCAUUGUGCAUAUACAAAUUGGCAUAUAGUGAUUUUCCCCUACUAAGAUUAGGGAAGCGGUGAACAUUUGUGUCACAUGUCUGAAAAGUUAACAACCUGGGGACGUUUCUUCCUUUCCUAUUCGGGUCUCAAAGCACUGUAAAGUUAGUGAUCCAACUUCUGGGAACCCUCCUCUAGCUUCUUUCCUUUCCCAGGAGGCUGGUAAGGAAGCAUGCAUCAGCUGGAUAGGUUUACAGUGACCACAAUAACUUAGGGUGGCCAGGGCAAAGUUUUAGCAGGCUGAAGAAUUGGAGAAGGCAUGUUAGAAAUGGGCUGUGUAAGGCAGCUGUGUUUCUGACACGUGGAAGAGGGGGGGAGGCUGAGGAAAUAUUACAGCCACUGCUGAAACAGCAGGUUGGCUGCUGAUCUGUGGGCAUUGUCAUGCAGGUGCUGCACUCCAAGGCCCAUAAAGCUGAGGAGAGGUUUAGCAAGAGCUUAUGGAUACUUGUAGUAACAAGUGUAGUUAUUAGCUGGCUCACAUCUUCGAAUGGAGAGCCAACAGGGUAGAAGACAAAGAUAAGACGAAAGCAAAUAAUGUUUUUUUCUCAUAACGGGUUUAGGGAGCUAUAGCGUUCUUGAAAGUUGUUUUUUUUAUGUGAAAGUUAAAAAUACAGUGGCUUAUUGCAUAGUACAGUCAUUGCAAAAUACAUUGCAGGCAGUUUGAUCCUACUGAAUAGUAUUCAUGUCAGUCCUACGGAGACGGAACAGAUGAUUACUCUGUGUUUGCCUUGCACAGGGCAAGCUAACCUUCCCUGGUGGGUGGUGCUUUUGUAUCUGCUUCAAAGGCUCAGGUACUAGUUUGUGCUAAGGUUACUAUCGUUCAGUAUUACUUUGCUUUUCACAGUGCAUUGGCUUUAUUCAGUAAUAUUAUUGUAAUAUUGCCUGAUGUGAUGUGUUAAAUGCACCUAUAGUUCUCCCCUGAACAUGUAUGCAGGUUUGCUUUUAGCUGCUGCUGCUUGUUGUCAGUUUGCUUCUGUUCCCCAUGGUUUUAUGAUCUAUGACUCCUUUUAAAUUGAGAGGGUGAAGACUUGGGAACUGUAGAAUAAGACUUGCUGAAAAUGAAAAGCCAAGUUAGUGAUGUCUGCAUUGUAUCCACUAGUAUCGUGUUUUCUGAAAUCCUCUGCCCAGGGAGCACUCUUGUUUGGGCUGGCUCAUAGAGAAACUGGUAGCCUUGCAUGCUGUGUUGCACCUCACUGAACUCUUGAUUUCACAAGUUAACAAGGUUGUGUUGUCUUUCUUCAGUGCUGUUCCAUAGCAGUAACGCGAGGUAAGGAAUUGCUCCUUAUUGUCUGUAGCAGCUGCUGCUUGUUCUCCACAAUGUCACAUCAGUUCUAGCCAUAACAUCUUGUUUACAAUAAUCCCACAAAAUGUUCUUACUCUUGCAGGGCAUAGGUGAUUGUUUCAAUGUUAUUCCUUCUCUCCGCAGGCAAAGGAAGUCCACAGCUUCUUCCCUGAACUAGACAGCUACGUGUGAUUUAACUUGUGGAAUCUUGCUUGGACUCAUCCGUAUGGGAAAUUUGGCCAGAAAUUUCCUGUCAUAGAAACAGUGGUGAUGCUGGAGAACUGCUUGUAAGGUACAGUCUCUUGGAUAAUAUCGGAUGCUGAGACAGAAAGAUGUCUUUCCAGAUGAAGAGGCUGAGUCCUUUCCUGUGCAAGAGCUCAAGUGCAAGGGCUGCCCAAAAUGUUGUGUCCCCAAAGACGAGUCACAGCCUAUCCAGUCAGUGUAAAGGAGGUGCCAAAUUGCUGGUGUUUCAGUGGUGAACAACAAUUGCCAACUUUGAAAUUGACAUCAAGCCUUGAGAUCCAACGUGGGAGUUUUGAUCUCAAAGCACGCAUCCUUAGAAGGGAAGCUAUUUCAGUGGAUGCAAAUAGCAUCAGCUGUGAACUCCACAUAGCAUAAGAAGAGCAGGGAAUAUGUGGAAGAAGAAUAAAGGAAAGGCUAAGGAGGGAUUUCAUCUUGUGCAGCUGAUGGGCACGUGAGAUGCAGCUGCUAUCCUAGAAAUGAUACAUCUACAGAGAGGAGAGUUAUUUAUUUCAGUCUCUGGACACCAAACAGUUUGGAUCUGGGACUCCAGAGCUAACAGUCAGAAAGAAUCCUGAAGGGUGCUCUCACAUGCUGAAGAUACAGUCAGUGGGCCUUCAUCUCAGCUCUCCGCUUCAGAAUGUGGUGUUAUGUUCCAGCAAAAAGCCGUGAUGUAGUCCCACUGCUCACAUGCUGUCAUGGUGGUUAGUUAAGAAUGGGACAAGUGAUCCAUCCACCCAGCUCUUGGUUUGACUCAGCCUUGGAAGUAUGUCCAUAAAGGGUAACCUUUGUAUGCAUCCCUGGGCUUUCAGGAGAAAGAACCGAUUACAUGUGUAGCUUUGGAAUUCAGUUUUUUAAGUCCCUUCCAGAGGACAGCAAUAUACUUCAACUUCAUUUCUGUGAAACAUCCACAUUUCUUUUAAAUAUAACUGAAUUCUGAAUUUCCUGGUUUUAUCACUUUUGCUCUAAGAGAAAGCAGUAUUGUCCACAUGGUGGUUUAAUCCUUAGAUCACCUAGCUGUAGCAAGGUUCAGACCACUGCAUGCUGCUUGUGUACAGUUUUCUUGAACAGGAUACUCAUGCUCUGUUCCUUUCCAAGGUGUUUGCAGAGGAAUUCCUGUAUUCCUAAUAUUUUGGACAAGUUGCUUUUCUUCCUUUUCAAGCUAAUGAAGAAACCCUGAAGUGAAUGAAACUCAAAGCAGUACUGUUUUUUCUGAAUCUUUAGGGAACUUGUCUUUUCACACAGUAGCAACCUCCCAUUUUUAAACAAAAUAAACAUUUCCAUAAAGCUGGUUAUGCUAAAGCUUCCCUUAAAGUCAGUAUGGAGUUCGAGGCAUUUUCAGAAAUUUAUUUGAGGUAUCUCGCGUAGUUUGACCAGAUAAAAUUUAACCCAGAUGUACAGUAGAAUCCUCAAAGUUAAUUUUAAGGAACAGCAAAAUAGCUGGCUUCUCUCACCUGCACAUUGGAUCAGAAUAACCACCAUAGCUGUAUUUUACAUUUGAAAGUUGCUCUGUAAAAUCCUUGUGCCAUUUCACUGUUGAGUUUUCCACAUCUGUUGCUAGCUAGUCUCCAGUGUGGAAGUCAGUAACGCUCAGCAGAAUUUUACUGUUAGAUGUGGCACUUUGUUUGUCCCUUGUCUCCACUUAAGACAAGGCAUCCGCAUUUGUUCAUGCACAGUUACAUCUGAGGAAUGUCUUCUUUGGGUAAGGCUAUGUGCUGUGGCCUGGGUCAGAAUUUGUAAGGAUGAGCUGCUCACUCUAGCUUGCCUGUCCCUUCAAAAAGCACAAUCUCCCUACAGCGGGGACUGUUUUGGAUUGAGAAUGAUGCUGGUGGGUACCAGGAGCCCAAACUCCUAACAGAGCUUUGUUCUGAAGAUGGCUUCUUGUCCCAUUCUAUCUUUCGGUUUUGCAGACAGAUUGGAUUUUAUCUAUCUGACUUCUUCCAUUCCUAGCACAAGGUGGCACUCUCCUUCCAAGAGAAGGAUUUCUCAGCCCUGCAGCCUGGCUCUCUUUAGAAGCUAGUGUGUAUUUGUUACAAGCUGCAUGGCCCUUUAUUGCUUUUUGCUGUAUGAUAUCCCAAUAGUGCAUCUGAAUGGUACACGGAGAAGAAAGCAAGCAGACCAGCAGUGAGCUGGAGGCAGGAUAUGAUCCAAGUUACAGAGCAGUGCUAGCCAAUAGGGAUCAGGGAAUAAUUUGAUGCUGAACACAGCUGUGCUCUUGAUAGCUUUAUUCCCUUUGCAUUCCACUAUGAGGCAAUUCCUCUGUCAGUGCUUUCUAGCCUUAUCCAUGCCUGUUUCUUUCAGGUUUCUGCUGCUUCCAUUAGCAGAAUAACUGCUGGGAGGAGCAAGCAGGCUAAGCAGGUGGCAUGUGCUACUGCACCUCACAUUCAGCUGGUAGCUGCUGAGAAAGUUCUUGGUCAAGGGCAGGUACUGGGGAAUGGAACUAGGGGGGGAAACAGGAGAAAGAAGCAAGCAAUACAACGUCCUGUUGUUUGCUGAGUCUAUAAGAAUCUUUCUUGGUUGAGAUCCAGCAUUAACACUUGCCUCAGGAAUGCUGCAUGGAUUCUUGGAGGGGAGAGGCUGUUGGUGGGUCUUGCAGCUUCCAAACUCAAGUGAGAACAAGUUGACUGAUGCUAUCCUGCUGCUGUGCAGUACUUUUAAGUCAUUAUUUGCUCAGGCUUUGCAAUUCCUUGCUAUGUGUUAGCAACAGUAGGGAGAUUCUGGCUAUCUAGUCAACGUCUCUCUAAGGCUGAUCUCUCAUGCUUGGUUUACUUGAUAUUCUUUCCCCACACUGCAAGGUAUUUAUUAUCUGAACCAAUCUAAAAGAUUCAUUUUAAUGAAAUCUUAAUGGAAUCUUUGGAGGAAUACAAAUUGUGAAUUCAAUACAAUAGCUAAAUACUGUGUGGCCUUCUGCAGCCUUGGCUCUCAAGGCUUGUUACUGUCACAGAAACUGAAGUCUCAAGAUCGAGAGUUGCCAACAACGUGCCAGUAACCUACCAUAUUAUCACACUGAUCUUUGAAGGAGAUCUGAGCUGCUGUGCCAGGCUUAUAGAUAGAGACAGUGGGGCACAAAGGAACUGGCUUCCUUAACGGCGCAUAGAAGAGAAGUGUCAGACACUGAUCUCAUAAACACUGCUGUCAGUGCAGAGAAAAGCCCUGGUACUCACAUGUCACACUCUGUAUGGGUUCAAGUGUUGCCUGACUGAAGAGACAGGAGACAGUGUCAAACCUGAAGGUAUGUGGCCGGGUUUAACCGGUGAGGAAAUAAUCAUAGAUACCAGCGGGGCACAGACUUUGUAAGCAGAGCUCUUCCACAGCUGACUGUGAGAAGUGCCUCUGCCAAGGGAGACAGGAGGGAAUGUGCGCCCUAACAUUGGGCACCCAGUUUCCUGAAUGAACUUUGGUAGAGGUGGGUUUGUGACAAAGAUGGGCUAUAUAGCGUGGAGUCCGAGGCACUGGCUGCCAUCCUGCUCUGCAGCCCCAGCAGCAAAGUUGGCAGUCUCUGGGGUGAAGGAUCAGUUUGGUCUCAGCCAGCUGUAGCAACGUGUUUCGGUGCCUGGGAAUCAGGUCGCUUGCUUGCCUUGUCCAGGGAGGCUGCAAUAUACUUUUUUUUUAAUAGUCUUGAACUUUCCUACCUUGUAUUUAUUGCUUCUCCUGCUCCUGCGUGUCCUUCAUGAGAUUUGCCUUACACAUCACCAAAGAAUUUGAAGUUUGGCUCCUGAUCUGCAUUCUGUAGCUUGUCACCAACCUAAUAAAACUCUUCAGGGCGUGGACUUGUACUUACUAUGCAAAAUUUUGUAUUAUUAUGAGUCUUAAAUUAGGUAGGCAUAACUCCUAUUGCUAGAACAGUAAAAUAGUUAAGCAACACUUCCAUUUUAUUGCUUGUAGAUGCCAUAGAGGGAUAGAAAUUUUCCUCUUUUAUCUUUUAUAAAAGCUUUCCAUCUCUUCUCCCCAUAUUCAAGCCUAAUAUAGUUUCUAAAAAGUGAGUCCUCCACCACUUUUAUGCUGCCAUGCAGUUGCAUUCACUAGGAAUGUUUCUAGGCAGAUUGGAUUUUUGCAAAAGAAAUGGAGUGCCCCUCACAGAGCCCGGCUCCUCAGCAGCUGGCAGGCAUGGGUGCUGCAGCACUUGAAGUGUAAUAUCUUGUAAGAAGGAGGAGUCCUGGCACUGCAAAACAGCUGUAAAGCAAACAGGGAACGGCUGCAGUUCUUAGGACCUUUGCUGAUUGAAUGGUUGCAUGGUGUGAUGUUACUUAAUGAGCCUCUUAGACUAUUAAGAAUCAGGCAAGGCUUUUUUUUUUUCCCCAUCCUUGCAUCACCAAGAUGAAAGCUUCCACAAAGCUGGCACUGGCACAGACUGCACAGCUGGACAAGCUAGCACAUCCUAUCUGCAUCGUGCUGAUCCACUUGCUGUCAGGAGAACUGGUCCCAUCUUGGGCAGCCCUUAUGGGGUUGGGUUAUGCCCACACUGGGCGAUCCCCCCAUGUCUCUGCAUGCUGCACACCCCUCCUUUGGCCUAUGGGAGAUAAAGAGAGAGCUGCUUCCGUGCAGAGGUGGCCUCAGCAACAUGCUGUUUCAGUGCUCGCUACCUGAUUCCAUUGAGACAGUUGCAGAUGAGCCACGGAAAGUUCUGCUGCGCUUAUAUGGUGCAAUCCUGCAGAUGAUCCUGGCUGGCGUCUAUCAGCUGAAGACUCAUUUGCUGUCCGUUUGAUCAGUAAUGCUUUGUUUAUGGUGUUAAGUUUGGACUCUGGUGUUCCUGAAACAUUAUUAAAAUCUGCUUCUGUACAGUGAUGUAGGACUGGCAUAACUAGCAAGAGGAGUAAACCAUUUAAUUUCAGCCUUAGUCGGGCUUACAACUGAGAUUAAAGUUUUUGUCAAACUUAACUGACACGAUGCUCAAGCAUUUUAUUAGAGACCUCGUGAGUAACUGUGCUAUGGAAAGACUUGAUCUAUAGUGUUAUAAUAAAACCAAUGCGCAAACAUCAAUGCCAUAUAGCCAUCUCAUUCCAAAAUAACGUUUUCCCAAGUGCUUGAUGUGCCCCAUAGCUGGCAUAAAAGCUUCACAAGAUAUUUAUCAAACUCUUGUGCUGUUCCUUUUUUUUUUGUCAGUAAAAACAGUAAAAUGUCAACAGCAUUUAAAUUUGUCGAACCUUCAGAGAAGUGGUUGGCAAAUCUGUUUGAAGCUGUAGGAAAAUUUUGUAGAGAUGAUCUCUUCUAAAGCUUACAGCCAAUUGCUAUGGGACUAUAUGGCAGAUCUUGUAUCCAUCUCUGCUAGACGUUUGAUUACACUGCAGUAAAUCACCAUAAGUGUUCGGCCUUAUGAACAAUGGCAGCUUCAUAAAAUUACGUUUGGAUGUUGACAAUAGUUUCUAUUUGACAUAGAGGGUCUGGUUUCAUUAUCUGUUAAUUUGUGAUAUUUUCUAAUAGUCGCUUGCUUUGAAAAACUGAUCCAAUAUCUGCAGGAUAUUGACUGUUCUGGAAAUUUUGGUCCAUUCUUCCUGCGUCUGCUGCUUUGACCAAACUGACUAUCCAAAAUCUCAUUGGAUACUGUCCCUUAACUGGCUUUCAAGUGUUUUUAUGUAACGUGAGAUGCAGACUUCACCAGAAAUCACGUAAAAGAUUGCAGUGAUUUGGAGUAGCAUGGAGCAUUUGACUACACCACUGUAUGCGUGUUGGGAAAGUUAAACCAGAAGUGUGUAAAAGUGAAUUAAUUCCAGUUUAAAUAAUCUGUACUUUGGCUUAAAAGAAACCAAAAAUAAAGCAGAGGAAAAAAAAAAA